ACAGAGCUGUUACUGUACGCCUCCUCUUUUUCUCUCUCUAGAUUCUCUCUCUUUCUCUUGACUGAGAGACUCUCUCUCUCCAUUAUUUCUGUACUCUCUGGAGAUUUUUCCCUCUCUGGAACGAGAGCCUCUCUUCAUGUUGUACGGCCUUUUCCCCUUUCUCUCUAGAAUAUAUUUAUCUGUAGACUUUCUCUCUAGAUUCUCUCCCUAUCCCUGGAUAAUGUUUCUCUCUCUCUCUCUCUAGAUUAUUUAUCCUCAUGUAUAAUAGAAAAGAAGUGUAGAUUGAGUUCACCACUGGUUUGCAGGAUUCUCUCCCUUCCUAAAAUUUGCCGUAAUCUCUCUCCCUUGAUUCAUUCGCAGCUAAUUCUCUCUCUCCUCUUCGUAUAAUUUGUGGCAAACUUUCUCUCUCUUCCUAGAAUCUCUCUCUGUACCCCUUCAAAACUUCUCAACGAAAACUCUCACACUCCCCUUUUCCUGUAAUUUGUGGGUCUCUCUAACUCUAUUUCUCUCCUCGUCCUGUAAAUUGUGGUAAUCUCUCUCUAUAAUUUGCUAGGGAGUCUCCCUCUCUCUCUCUCAUCUUCCUACAAUUUGCAAUCUCUCUCUCCCUCUCUCUAUAGAUUGCCUUUGCAAUAAUUUCAAGCAAAUUCUCUCUCUCUCUCUCUCUCUGUCUCGCUUUCAUUGCCUCUUCCAGUAAUUUGUACCAAUCUCUCAUUCUUUCUCUAGAUUGCCUCUUCCAGUAAUUCACAUCAAUCCUUCUCUCUCCUCAGUAGAUUGCCCUCUUUCAAUAAUUUGCAGGAAGCUUUCUCUUUCUACAUAUCUUUCUCUCUCUCUCUCUCUCUCUCUCUCUAUCCAAUGACCACAUCAUCUUCUUCCUCUUCUUCUCCCAUUUCUUCCUGGUUCAGGUCAUUUUACUCUGCUGCUCUCAGAUCCAAAACCCUAGGCCAUGGAGGCGGACCAGUGGCCGGAGAAGGCCUGGUUCGCAGCCUUGGUCUUUUUCAACUCAUACUCAUCGGCAUUGGAGCUUCAGUUGGCUCAGGGAUCUUUGUGGUUACUGGAACAGUUGCUAGAGAUGCAGGGCCAGUGCAGGUGUGACAGUUAGUUUUGCGCUCGCCGGAGCAGCAUCUGCCCUCAAUGCUCUGUGUUAUGCAGAGCUAUCUUCACGAUUUCCAGCUGUUGUUGGGGGAGCAUAUAUGUACACAUAUACAGCUUUUAAUGAGCUCACUGCUUUCCUUGUAUUUGCUCAACUUAUGUUAGAUUACCACAUAGGGGCUGCUAGCCUAGCUCGAAGUUUGGCAAGUUACUUGAUAUCAUUAUUGGAACUCUUUCCCUUUCUAAAGGACAACAUACCCGGUUGGAUUGGGCAAGAUGGAUUGGAUCUUUUUGGGGUCUUUUCCAUCAACAUCUUGGCCCCAAUUCUCGUUAUACUCCUGACAAUAAUACUUUGCCGAGGUGUGGGAGAAUCGGCUAUGGUCAAUGCGUUCAUGACCAUCUUGAAGGUAACCAUUGUUGUUCUGGUCAUCUUUUCUGGUGCUUUUGAGGUGGAUGCAUCAAAUUGGUCCCCUUUUGCUCCAUAUGGAUUCAAAGCAAUCGUAACAGGAGCAACUGUUGUUUUCUUUGCAUAUGUUGGUUUUGAUGCAGUUGCAAACUCAGCUGAAGAAUCAAAAAGACCACAGAGGGAUUUACCAAUAGGCAUACUUGUGAGCCUCACUAUCAUUGCUGCUUUGUAUGUUGGGGUCUCCUUAGUGAUAACUGGUAUGGUGCCUUAUCAAUCACUUGGUGAAGAGGCCCCAUUGGCCGAUGCUUUUAUUGCAAAAGGAUUGAAAUUUGUAUCCGUUCUCAUCAGCAUAGGUGCGGUUGCUGGCCUUACUACAACACUCCUCGUUGGUUUAUAUGUUCAGUCACGGUUGUAUCUUGGCCUUGGAAGGGAUGGUCUCUUGCCCUCAAUCUUUGCGAAAGUACACCCUAAAUUUCAUACUCCUAUAAAUUCGCAGAUCUGGGCUGGCAUGGUCGCUGGGAUAUUGGCUGGAGUAUUUGAUGUUCACCAUCUUUCUCAUAUUCUCUCAGUUGGCUCUCUAACAGGCUACUCAGUUGUCUCGGCCUGUGUUGUAACUUUACGUCAAAAUGAUAAGGGAGCAGGAUUAGUUUCGGGGAUGGGACUCUCAACCUGGCAGAAGGGUGUUAUCUGCCUCUUUGGAGUUGCAUGUUGCGGCUUUGUUACAGGGCUUUGCUAUCGUUUCAAUGCUUCAUUUCUCUUUUCUCUAGUGGCCAUUGUGAUAGCCAUGAUCUUUAUUGCUGCUCUUCACUUUCGCCAAGUAUAUGCAGAUCCACCUGGUUUUUCAUGUCCUGGAGUUCCUUUAGUGCCGGCGGUUUGCAUCUUUCUCAACAUAUUCUUGUUUGCACAGCUACAUUGGGAGGGUUGGGUGAGAUUUGUUGUCUUGAGCAUCUUCUCGGUUGGCGUCUAUGCAUUUUAUGGGCAAUACCAUGCAGACCCGGUAAAUUCUAACCAGCAGUACAUUGCUUACCAUAGUGCACCUGUGGAUGAUAUCUAGAUCUCUGCAAUUAUAACUGUAAUAAAUUUCUAUUUAUCAAAAAGAGGAUGCGCAGUUCAUGUAGAGCUUCCCCCUAGUGCAUUCCUUGUUGAUUGUCAACUUGGGGGUGUAAAAGAGUUCUUUUUGGUCAGUUUAUGAAAUUGUAUGUCUUGGUCAUUUAGGGGUUUAUCAGAUUCCCUUCCAUGACUUUAGGCUUUGGAGUGACUCAUGUUGUGUAAUUCUAAUUGGUACUCUUAGUGUCUCAUAAUAUUCCUAUUCUUUCUCA